AUGGACGCACUAGACCGUCGAGACGAUACGACUUGCGGAAAUUCACAACAGUGGUAUAUCUGCUCAGCUGGGAAUUUUCGCGGCUGCUGUGCGAGCGAUCCUUGCUCUUCAGGGAUCUGUUUUGACGAUAAUGUGAGCCUUUUGCAUUUGACGAGUGCCGCGAGCUCUACUUCAUCUACAACCUCGAGUAAGGGCACGAGCACGAGUACGACUACGAGUUCAAGUACAACUACUAUCUCUACUAUACCUUCUACAGCGAGCUCGCAUACUUCCUCUUCGACGACAUCAGUAUCUUCUGUUGAUAAAUCUGCGCCAGUAGCCUCCGAUAGCACGAAAUCUUCGACUGCAACUUCGACUGCUACGACCACAUCUUCAGCAGCUGCGGCUGCGUCGACCGGCAGUCGAUCGUCCAGCAAAGGACCCAUCAUCGGUGGAAUAGCUGGAGCAAUUGCCGCUCUGACGCUCAUCAUCCUGCUCUUUUGGUUCUGCAGGCGACGGAGAACGCGACGUGGCAAAUCAUAUACUUUUCAUCUGCGGCGGUCUCCAUCGACCAAAUCCUUGCACAACCGAGAAAUGGCCUCUGUCUCCAAAACAGAGCUGUCACUUUCGGAAACAAAUUCGGCUCAUCUGACUAAGGAGUCUCCCCAUGGCAGUCAAACUACUUCAGCGCCAGCCAACUCGAAUACAAACUCCAAUCUCUUGCCUCCCGGUUCAACUGCAGCCUCAAGUCUGAAUGUCUCAUCCUUUUCGCCUGACCCAUCAGAAUUCUCAACCCUCAGCUCGGGGGUCCUCACUACUUCAUCAGGCGGAUUUGUUCGACUCCCACCUCUACGAAUGCCAUCGCCACUGCCUAUGCCACCGCCGCCCAACGAAAAGCCAGGAAGUAUCUCCGAAGCCGAAUCUCAGACGGCCGAACUCUCAGACACGGGCUUCUACAGACAACGCGCCGAACUAGCAGGCCAUUCACAAAGCGAACUGAUAAACAUCCCUCCCGAAAGAAGACAGCGUAACAAAAGUCCCCUCGCACAAGCCCAGAAUGCCGGACGCUCAUGGGAAUCAUCACCAUCCUUGAAUAGCGGCAGCAGGGAUUCUAGCCCCCGAUCAGCGGUUGAUAAGAACGGCAGCUCAUCGCUCACGAGUCGAACGACCGCACGAAGAGUCGUUACUAGGAGCGGAGUCGUCAUGGGCGCAAAUCUAGAUCGAUACUCGACGGGGCGAGAUCUCGAGCAUGCGGAAAGGGGUAAGAAGAGUGAUUCUGGGCAGGAACAUGUUAUGAGUUUUAUGACGUUUGGUGGAAAUGAGUUUGAGAUGGUGCAGAGGAGGGGGUCUAGUCCUGGGCAGGUGAAUGGGUCAGUGAGUAUUGCGGGAGGAAAUGUACGUGGGCAGAGUUUAGUGUCUGAGGUUGUUCCUCAGGAGGUUGGUGCUUCGCCGAUUGGGGAGGCUCCGCCUGCUUAUGCUGCUGGGGGUGUGUCGCCGAGGCAGGAUGAGAAGUCUCCUUCGGGGACGAUUGAAUUGGGUAUUAAUAGGAGAGAGUGAAGAUGGAAAUUGGGGGUUUCUUUUGGAAGAUGUAUGAGAAGACAAUGUUGCAC